ACUAACCCAAAUUUACUGCUGUUUAAAGCUAGAUCAAUUAUCCUGUUUAUUAUCAGGAUCAAAGAGUAAGGUCAAAGAGUCUUUGUGAUUGUUUUUUAUGUGUUUUGAGCUUAUGAGCUCGUAUGUUAUUGAUUUUGUAAAAUCUAAAUAGUGAAUUUAUAUAAACAUAUUAAUAUAUAUAGAGAGUAUUAAAUUGAUAUAUUUUGUGAACCAUUAAUACCCUUAUCAAUCAACAAGCCAUCAUUGCCAAUACUCGGAUAAAAUUAAUUAGUAAACAACCAGCCUUUUCCUCUAUUGUUUGUUUCUUUCUUUUGUUUUCUACCCUUUCCUUAUUCUUUAUGUGCUAUUGAUGGGCCCUCAAAAUAUCCUUACAGGAAUACUUUGUGGUCUUAAAGAUGCCAUUAGUGGUAUAUUUGCCAUAAAAAAUCAUUAUAACUCUGCAAUCUCAGAUUCUGAAUCCUCAUCCUCUCCCUCAUCGGUACCUACACCAUCACCAUCUUUAUCAUCUUCGCCAAGUACAUCUAAACAGAAUGUUAAAAUUAAGCCUAGACGUAAAACAAACAAAAAUACUUUUCAUAUGAUAUGCCAAUGUUGCCUUCUCAAUGGAUGUAUAUUUUGGUUCUCGUUGAUUCUAUUUGACUAUGUUCUUCUUCCAAUGCUAUAUGCCUUCAUUCAUGUAAUAUUUGGAUCACAACCUGGUGUAGUACAAUCAUUAUGGUAUUGGAUGAAACCUAUUUUAUCGCAUACCUUUGACGCGUUAUGGAGAUUGCCUGUGUUUUUGUUGACUCGGGUUGUUAAUGCCUUAUGGUUUCAGGAUAUUGCUGAUUCAACAUACAAAGGAAGACCUUCCUUCAUUGGAAGUAUACCUAAACUGAUUGCUGAUACUUUUUUCAGUUUAAUGAUUCAAGCCCUAUUUCUUAUUCAGGCAUUAGUGAUUGCUUUCAUCCCAUUUCCGCUGCUUGGUCAACUCGCUAGCUUAUUUCAUUUAAGCUUACUUUAUGCUUUGUAUUCUUUUGAAUACAAAUGGUCUAAUAUGGGUUGGGAGCUCCACAAAAGACUGCAAGUUAUAGAAAACAAUUGGCCUUAUUUUUUCGGAUUUGGAUUUCCUCUGGCCAUAUUAACUUCAUUAUCUGACUCAUGGUUUGUUUCGGGCUGUAUAUUUUCGUUACUUUUCCCGUUAUUUAUCAUAAGUGGUAAUGAAGCGAAACCCAAGAGAGGCCUAUGUGAUUAUCCGAUAAAAAUCUUUCAACCCGUUGUUUGGUUUUCAAACAAAAUAUUUCAAGGGACCAUACAUCUUACUGCUGGUAGCCAAGGAAAAGCAAUAAUAAACAAGUUCCAAUCAAGAUAAUUAUUUAAAACCAUCAACCUAACAUAUUGAAGUUACCAGAAACGCGAACUCGAAUUACUCAUGCAAAAUCCAACUGUGACCGAAAAAACGAUUUACUCGUCAACAACUGUUUACACUGAAAACAAAUCUAAUUCACAUAUAAUUGAUGCUACCUAAAAUGGUGAAUUAGAAUUGAACAAUUACUCUUACCUAUCCUCUUUUCCUUUUAAUUAUUCUUCCCGCUUAUAAUCGUGCUCAACAUUUGUAUCCGUAAAACUUUAAAAAGACAAAGUUGGAGGAUACUCGUAUCAGCUACCUUUGCUGUACGAAUUCAACAUAAACAUGAUAAUUUUUAAUCAACGCAUUACUCUCACUAUAAUCUGCUGUAAUUGUCUUGGCUAUGUCUUUCAUUUCUCAUUUCUUACUGCUUCUUGAUUUAUUUUUUCUCAUUUCCUUUACAUCCUUUCUUUCAAGCAUCCAAGUGAUCUUCAUAUUCAUCAUCAUCAUCAGCUGCAGCUGUACCAACGCCAAGGUAUAAAAAAAUAAUAAUUUCGAACCUCAACUGAAACUAUCUGGUCCUGACUGUGAGAUAUCUUUUAAAGACGCUUAAAACGACAACAAAAAGUAAUCAAAUCAUAGAAGACCUUUAUACAGUAAAUGAUCUUAAUUUUCAGUUCCAUACUGAUACAGGAAAAUGAAAGAUUAUGUUUUUUAAACAAAUCAAAAGAAAAUACAAAAAUAUCUUGAUAAUUGAAUGAAUUUUUUACCUUUAAAGACGACAUUUUUUCCAAUACUCUGCUAAUUAUUGUACAAUCAGACUAUAAUCUAAAUUUUCUAUGGAACUGGAAUUUAAGUUUCUUACAUUUUCACUUGAUUACAUUUAUUCUACCCUAAUUUUUAUGUAUAAGUGACAACAUAUACUCACUUUCUAUAUGUAUACACCUUCAAACACCAAACAAAUUAAUAGUGAGAUCAAAUCAAAGAAGCCAAUAAUAUACCUUUAAUUAUUUCAAUUAAAGUUGGCAUUUAUCAUUAUUUUCAUGUCAACUUGUAUCAUUAAUAAAAAAAUAAGUUCCUUGUGCACAA